CCGAGCCGGUUGCGCGCGCAGAUGGCACGCGCAGUGGGUCCUUCAAAGAUGGCAGCGACUGUGUUCCGACCCGCUCUGCGAGACUGGGGGUGCUGCCUCCGGUGGAGCUACGCGCUUCGGCAACUGAGCCAAACCCAGGGGCAUCCUGAUAACCCCAGCUUUGUGGAGUCUGUGGAUGAAUACCAGUUUGUGGAGCGUCUGUUCCCCCCCACCAAAAUCCCAGAGCCACCAAAGCAUAAACAUUAUCCCACUCCCAGUGGCUGGCAGCCUCCCAGAGAUCCCCCUCCCAACUUGCCCUACUUUGUUCGACGAUCCCGGAUGCAUAACAUCCCUGUCUACAAGGACAUUACACAUGGCAACCGACAGAUGACCGUGAUCCGGAAGGUGGAGGGGAACAUUUGGGCUCUACAGAAGGACGUGGAAGAGUUUCUGAGCCCACAGCUGGGAAGAACACCCAUCACCCAGGUUAAUGAGGUGACAGGGACUCUUCGAAUCAAGGGCUACUUUGAUGAGCAGCUUAAAGCCUGGCUUCUUGAGAAAGGCUUCUGAGAUAUGCUGAUCAGCCCCAUGGCAGUUCAUCCACAGACUGGCAUUCAUGGAGGAAGUGGAUUUGGAGUCUCUGGAAUGGGAUUCAAAAGUACCUAAAGAGCUUUGAGAUCAGUCCUUGCUUCAUAAAGAGGAAAAAGACCUUGGUGUUUACGUGUCCAUUUGGGGAGAGCUAUUCAAUGUGGGAGUCCACAAGACACAGUCAAGCUAGCGAGAGACAUCAACUGCUGUCUCUUUAAACACUGUGAUGCACUUCUUAGGUGAGCCACUCUGGAAACAGCCACCCAGCCCUGUUCUGGGGACAUGCAUCCUUCAUUUUCUGGAGCUUUUGCUGUAAGCCAGACUAGUCUUGGUAGCAAAUGUGGAAAACAUACACAGACAACACAGGGCAAUGACAUGGACUGCAAUGGACAAGACAGACAAAAGAAUAUCUUAGGUUCCGAGUGUGUAUAAUAGGGUUGGGGGACAUCACCCUGCUGUCCUGGAAUCAGCUUUAUAGAAGUUUGAAGACAAGAAAAUGAUGUCUUUUCAUCCUGCUGUCUCAUCUAAUAUCAGCCAUUUGUCCAACUUCACCAUUUAAUUGGUUAAGCAGCAUUCAGAUCCUGGCUGCCCUGCUUGACUUCAGACCUAAGGUUCUCCAUGUGGAAGAGGGAUGUCUAGUUGCUCAGUGACCUUGGCAUCCUCAUUCCAGGAGACCACAGAUCAGUCAUGAGUCUACAGGCUGGGCACGGAAAGGGAGCCUUGCCCUAAGUUACAAGCCCCACCAGUCAUUAAUGCAAGUUUUUAUUUGGCUGUAUAUACAAUUUAAGCUAUUAAAAUUUGUACAAUAUUUACAAAUUAAAUAAUCAUCUGAAA